AUGCUUCCCUCUGAAAGCCAUAUCGUGAGCGCCCUCGCUCCCCAUUAUCCGCUGCCUCGGGUUGAGGAGUACUCUCAGUCAUCAUCAACAAGGCGGAAACCUUUCCCAGCCUGGAGUGUGAUCGAUGAUACCAAGAAGUCAGCGGACGCUCUUGCUAAAGAAGUAACACGGGAGUUCAAUGUCGCGAGCGAAAAGGUGCAAGCGAGGACAGGUCAUAUAGAACCAUGGACUCCCAAGUAUUAUGCGUCUUGUACUUUCGGCGGACUGCUUGCUUGCGGUCUCACUCAUACAGCUGUAACACCUCUAGACCUUAUUAAGUGUCGGCGGCAGGUAGACCCGCUGCUGUAUAAAAGCAACAUGGAGGCUUUCCGUAAGAUUCGUGGCGCUGAAGGUCUGAGAGGAGUGUUCACCGGCUGGAGCCCUACAUUCUUUGGAUACAGUGCGCAAGGAGCGUUCAAAUAUGGAGGUUAUGAAUACUUCAAGAAGUUCUACAGUGACUUGGUUGGAGCCGAAAAUGCCAAUCGCUGGAAGACUUCUCUGUAUCUGGCAGCCAGUGCGUCAGCCGAACUCAUUGCCGAUGUGGCCCUCUGUCCAUUCGAAUCCGUCAAAGUGCGCACGCAGACCACGAUACCGCCAGAGUUCCGCUCGACAUUUUCUGGGAUUUCCAGCGUUGUCUCGAAGGAAGGAGUUGCCGGCCUCUACAAAGGACUGUACCCUCUUUGGGGCCGACAGAUUCCAUACACCAUGAUGAAGUUUGCCUCUUUCGAGACCAUCGUCGAGAUGAUCUACAACACCCUUCCGGGUCAGAAAUCCGACUAUAACAAGGGAGCCCAAACCGGAGUAGCCUUUACUGGUGGUUAUUUGGCCGGUAUUCUUUGCGCCGUCGUGUCGCACCCUGCCGACGUGAUGGUCAGUAAACUGAAUGCGAACCGGCAGGCGGGUGAGGCAUUUGGUGCGGCAAUGAGCCGAAUCUACAAGGACAUCGGUUUCAAGGGCCUAUGGAAUGGUCUUCCUGUCCGAAUCGUCAUGAUUGGAACUUUGACUGGAUUACAAUGGAUGAUCUACGACUCGUUCAAGAUCUUCAUGGGUCUUCCCACCACCGGAGGAGGACCAGUUGCAGAGAAAAAGUAG